AUCUAUGGAUUUUCAUUUUGGGACGUCUGCUUAGGACUGUUUAGAACGUUUUACUUUCUCGUCUGGUAUAGAAAAUUUAUUUGAAAAAUGGCAUCGGAUACUGGUGGCGUGAAACCAAUGUCAAUCCAGGGCCGUAUGGCCCGGGAAAGAGAAAGAUUGAUCGGUAUGACUGAUGAAGAACGGGCAUGGAGAAAACAGUGGGUCAAAGAUCAGGAGUUGUCUCCGAAUGAACCCAGGCAUGUCCCGGAAUUAAUUGAAGCACGAUUGAACCCCAUCAGAAAGUUUUACAGAUACCCUUUGGAUACGCUUUUCAAGCCUCUGGUACCAGUUUUGGGUGAAUACAGAGCUGGAUUUGCAAGAUACCUCACAGGGAAGUUCCUGAUUGCAGUAAUUGGAAUUUACACAGGAUUCUACUACUUCAAGUACCAUACAAAUGACUGGACCACAAGAACUGGCUGGAGAGUUAUAAAGAACAGAAGGUCUGUGGUCAUUGGUGAUGCAGAAUACCCUAAGGUUUCAGACAGAUCUUUACCGUCCGACUAUGCAUCUAGAGGAUUCAAGGACUCACCAAUUUAAUAAUUAAAAAAUAUACAGUUGCAGCAGUUUUGUUUUGAGUUGUAGAGCAAUAGUAUGUAUGGUAAUAAAAGUUGUCUUUUUUUUUCCC